AUGGCGGGGAUUACACCCAAGUUAUUCCUUGAGAAGAUGAAACCGGUCGGACAAAUUUUGGAGCAUUCUGAGAUUUUCACCUACUUCUAUCGGGACAUCCUCCUUUCUUAUUCAGACAUCAGUGACCUAUUUUCCAACACUCAUUGGGAUCUGGAACCCGGGUGA